AAUGAAUACGCCUCAGAUCUCCGCGAUAGGGCCAUUUGGGAACAUUCUCGGAGGACACUACAUUACUAAAAGUGUGAUUUGCUGCAAAGGAAAUACUCUGAUUUCAUAUUGAUUGUAUUGAAAUUGGUUUCCUUAACUGUCUUCUUUCGGUUGCAGUGGUUGUUUUUUUUGUGCUUGUUUGUGGAUCACCUGUGUUCGUGGAGGCCGCAGGACUAUUUUACACUCCCUCCCCUUGGAAUUUACCUGAGGGGUAGUUAGCCGACUGGAAGCAGGAACAGACAGGCUUCUCGGGUCGCCAGCCACUAUGGACUACAUGGACUCUGGAAUGAGAUACACACCCAAUAAGGGCCCGGACAGGGACUGGGACCAGGCUGUUACGUUCCUCCCAGCAGCCGACAGUAAGAAGUUAGAGAAGAAGAAAGGACCAGGGAGAGUCGGGGCUGUGAUCGGCAUCGUUAUCUUCGCUGCUGUCAUCGCCCUCAUGACCGGCCUACUGGUCUGGCACUUCCACUAUCGUAAGGAUACGCGUAUCAGAAAGAUGUACAGCGGUUCUAUGAAGAUCACUAACCAGGUGUUUGAGGAUACCUAUGAAGACUCCAACAGCACUGAGUACAGAGCACUGGCCGAACAGGUCGUCAAACAGCUGAGAACACUCUACAACAAGAUGCCCCAGCUGGCCAAGUACUAUGUUGGUUCCACCAUACAAGCCUUCAGUGAAGGCAGUGUGAUAGCCUACUACCUGUCAGAGUUUCAAGUGCCAUCUGGUCAGGAGGCAGCGGUGGACAAGGCCAUGUCCUCCAUGGACAAGAUAGUGGAUAAGGACCAGAGGACGUUCUCUCUCAACAAGCCUGGCAACGAUCUGGUGUUUGAUGAUGUCGUGAACUCUGCUCUGGACUCUAGAAUGUUCUCAACAUCCUUCAGUGAAUACUACAGGUACACAGAACACACCAGAGCAAAUCAGAUUGGAACAAUCGUGUCACCUGGUUUCCCCAAUGCUCCGUACCCGCCCAACACCUUCAUCCAAUGGCAGCUGAGAGCCGACCCUGGUCACGUGCUCAAACUGGACUUUGAUACCUUUAACCUAGAGGAGGACUGUCGUAACGACUUUGUUAAGGUCUACGACUCCCUGGUGGCCAUCGAGAGCUUUGCCAUGGAAGAGAUUUGUGGCUACCACUCUCCCAGCUCCCCCCUGAUCUUCCAGUCCUCCCGGAACGUGAUGCUGGUAACCUUGGUUACUAACAACAAUAAGAACUACCCAGGACUCAGAGCCCACAUCUCUCAGGUCCCCCAGGGCAGCAAAGACCUGGCAUGUGGUGGUCAGCUGUCAGGAGAGACAGGGAAUUUCACAUCCCCAAACUUCCCCAACUACUAUGCGCCCAACACCUACUGUGAAUGGAAUAUAAACGUCCCUGCUGGUAAGUCAGUGAAGGUCAAGUUCAGUACCUUCCUGUUAUCAGAGCUGGGUCAGGAGAACGCUAAGGACUGUAACAAGGACUAUGUAGAGAUCAACAAGAAGAGGUAUUGUGGAGAACUUCCAUCCAGUUCUGUAGUAACCAGUGACACAAACACCAUGACGGUAGUCUUCUACUCUGAUGCCUCCUAUGUAGACAGAGGAUUCAGCGCCAAGUACGAGACCUUCGAGUCCACAGACCCCUGUCCUGACAAGUUCCAGUGCAAUAACCAGCGUUGUAUCAAAACACAGCUGAAGUGUGAUGGCUGGAACGACUGUGGAGAUAUGAGCGACGAGAUGAACUGCAAGUGUGAUGCCACUCAGAUCCACUGUAAGAACGGCCUGUGUAAGCCCAAGUUCUGGGAGUGUGAUGGAGUGAACGACUGUGGAGAUGACACUGAUGAACUGAACUGUGGGGCCUGUAAGGCGGGGGAGCUGACAUGUCGCAACGGAAAGUGUAUUUCGGAGAAGAAGCGCUGUGACGGGAAUGAUGACUGUGGAGAUGGGUCAGACGAGAGCGACUGUGGACGAAUUAUGGAUAAUGUGCAGUGUUCUGACUCCACCUAUAAGUGUGAGAACAACAAGUGUAUCAACAAGGAGAACCCGGAGUGUGAUGGAACACCUGACUGUGAGGACAAAUCAGAUGAGGCCAACUGUGAUUGUGGGCGGAGUCUGUUUAAGACGAGCCGUAUCGUGGGUGGUCAGGACGCAGAGGAGGGGGAGUUCCCGUGGCAGGUCAGCCUCCACAUUAAGAACGCCGGUCACGUCUGUGGUGCAUCCAUCAUCAGCCAGCGCUGGCUGGUUACUGCUGCCCACUGCGUCCAGGAUGACGCCAAGACCAGGUAUUCCCAGCCGGGUGUAUGGGAGGCAUACCUAGGCCUUCACAUCCAGAAGCAGAACACUAAGAACGUUCAGAAGAGGAACCUACGUCAGGUGAUCCCCCACCCCUACUACAACGCCUACACCUUCGACAACGACGUGGCUCUGAUGGAGCUCGACAGCCCUGUGACGUUCUCUGAAUACAUCAGACCCAUCUGUCUGCCCUCGCCCCAACACACCUUCCCCCCGGGCAACUCUGUCUGGAUCACGGGUUGGGGCGCCACACGAGAGGGAGGUUCUGGUGCAUCCAUCCUGCAGAAGGCCCAGGUCCGUAUCAUCAACAGUACGGUGUGUAACCGUCUGAUGGGAGGGCAGAUCACCUCCAGGAUGAUGUGUGCUGGAGUGCUGACUGGAGGAGUGGACGCAUGCCAGGGGGAUUCUGGCGGUCCUCUGUCCAGUCCUGGUGGUAGUCAUAUGUUCCUGGCUGGAGUGGUGAGUUGGGGCGACGGCUGUGCCCGUAGGGACAAGCCUGGAAUCUAUACCACUGUCACCAAGUUCAGGGGCUGGAUCAAGGAGAAGACCGGCGUGUAACAGGAAACGGGAAACCAUUAGGAACGAUGAGGACGUCCGACGACGAACACACCAGUACUGUACAGAUUACCGGUUGGCCAAGACUCACCCGCUACCCACUUCCAUUCUCUAAGAGUGAUGAACUAUUUUAGAAGUUUUGAUCUCAGGCCUCAAAAUGCACUCCCUUUCAUAUCGAUGGACUGUGGACCAUUGGUUGGUUUUCUCUGUUGAAAGGCAUCGCCUUAAUGUCUAAAUGUGUAUUUUAAUGACGGGUGUCUGAAUGUCUAAAUGUGUCUUUUUAAUGAGGUGGGAUAGGUGGUUUGGGGAAAGUGUUUUAAGAAUUGUAAAUAAUGUCUAAUUAAUUGUGUGCGUCUUUUUAUAUAUAUUUGUUUUGCAAUCGGUCGUUUGGAUUGGAUGCACAUUUGCUUAAGUACGAUUUAGGACAUUUUAGGAAAGAACUAUAGAACACUGUUACAUAUAAGGAGACAAUGUCCUGUUGCUUGUUUUGUCAUUGUAUUUCAAUAAUAAUUUGCCCAUAGUUUAUUUUCUCUUACAUAUUUUAGAACAGUGGCUUAAAUGUGAAUUCAGUCUCUCUUUUACUUGUUGUCCUUGUACUCAUGGGGUUGCAUCCCAAAUAGCACCCUAUUCCCUAUGAAGUACACUACUUUUGACCAGGGUCCAAUAGGGCUCUGUUUAAAGGUAUUCCACUAUGUAGGGAAUAGGGUGCUAUUUGGGAUCCAGACAGUGACCCCCACCUCCUAUGAUUUGGUAUUUGACACAAUCGUUUGUUGAAAUACCAGGCCGUCCUGAUGUGACAUGAUGAUGACUAAUGUGCCUUUUUUAAAGUGUGAUACUUUUGUAUUUCUCAUCAGGGAUUUUAUUUCAUUUUGAUCCGACGUAAACACUUUUAUUACAGAAUAAAGCUCCAUUAGAGUUUAUAAAACCCAUGUCUUUAGUUUAGCAUAUACAUGGAUUGAUUUCACAACAACUUUGAGGACAUAGAAAUGAUCCAAUUUAGCUUAGAAAUAAAACAUUAUUAAGCUUUUAUCAAAUCAACCACUUACUGUAAUUGUUUUAUACAUGUAAGUGUUUGAAAAUAAAUAUGAACAAUUAGUCUUU